GCGGUUAGCUGACAAGUAUAUAAAGUAUGCUUAUCAAUACAACAUGAAACAGCAAUUAUGGAACGAAUGUUCUUACUUCUCUUGGUGUUGACCAUUGUCAAUGUUGUAGUUAACGGACAAAAAUAUCGUCCUCUACCAAAUCCAAUCUGCAGUUUACCUCCAAAAUCCGGUUUUUGCAAAGCCUAUAUACCCCGGUAUUACUAUGACACCAAAACGGGCACCUGUCAGAAGUUUAUUUACGGAGGCUGUGGGGGAAACGUUAACAACUUCCGAACUAAAGAACUUUGUAAUCGGAUUUGUCAUAGAAACUACUGCUCAAAAAUAGGAUGUUUUGAUGGAGCUUGCACUAUCCAAAAAUGUCCAGCCUUUCCUCGGGCUACGUGCAUAGCUGUGUGUCCUUGUUGGUCAGUUUGGGUAUAUAACGGAGAAGACGUUACAACCAAGUGUUAUCGCAAAGGAUACAUGCUGAUUGACACGUACUGGUGUAUAAAAUAUGAUAUUGACUACAACAUGAAACAGACAUCCAAACAAACAGCAAUGGAACGAUAUUUACUGCUAGGAUUGGUAUUGGCCGUUGUUUUCGCUGUGGUCAACGGACAGGAAAUUCGACCCAGUCCUCCAACCAGAUCAAUCUGUAGUUUACCAAAGGAACCCGGUAAUUGCAGAGGCUACUGUCCCCGGUAUUACUACGACACCAAAACGGGCACCUGCCAGAGGUUUAUCUACGGAUGUUGUGGGGGAAAUCUAAACAAUUUCGCAACAUUAAAACUCUGUAACAGAAUUUGUAGGCUAAGAGUUUGUCCGUAUAUAGCCUGUAUUAGACGGGCUUGCACUUUUGAAACAUGUCCAGCUUUUCCCGAAGCCACCUGCGUAGCUGUGUGUCCAUGUGAGUCUGUUUGGAUAUAUAACGGAGAAGACGUCACGGACCAAUGUAAUAACAAAGGCUAAUCAGCCCAGAGGGAGAAAUGGAGCGAAAUUUGAAAUAUGCUUGUUUCAUUAAAAAAAUAAAAACUCUUUGA